CUCAAUCUUACCUGCUCAAGGUGGGGGUCAAUGAAACAACAAAACCAAGAAAUAAAAAAGCUAAAGAGAGAGCAAAAAAAAAAUAAAAAAUAAAGGGUCUUAAAGCUUAAAAGAAAGCUGAUAGCAGAAAGCAAUAGCUUUUCUUCUUCAUGUUCCCUUCCUCUCUCUUUUGUCUAUCUUUCUCUCUCUGCUGGGCCAAUUUCCUUUGCGGUAUCAGUAAAGCUGAAUUCCCCUCCUUCCAACCUCCCACUAUUCCAACUCCACUACCUGUACAGCUAAAAGAUUGAUUGAUUUGUUUUCACUUCAACUCAAUCCACCAACACAACGAUCUCCAACAUAUAGUCUACCAAAGCAACAAAUAUGCUGGAUAACAUUACUGUUUCCGCCCUUCCAUCUUCCUACUCUGAUCCUCUCACCCCUUUGGAAAAUGGGGCCACCCAGAAAAGAAAAAGAAAGCCAGCAGGCACUCCAGAUCCAGAUGCAGAGGUGGUUUCUUUAUCUCCAAAAACGUUGCUGGAAUCAGACAGGUAUGUUUGUGAGAUCUGCAACCAAGGGUUUCAAAGAGACCAAAACCUUCAAAUGCAUAGGAGAAGGCACAAAGUGCCUUGGAAGUUGCUGAAAAGGGAAACACAAGAGGUGAAGAAGAGGGUAUUUGUUUGUCCUGAGCCAAGCUGCUUGCACCACGACCCUUGCCACGCCCUGGGAGAUCUGGUUGGGAUAAAGAAACAUUUUAGGAGGAAGCAUAGCAAUCAGAAACAGUGGGUUUGCGAGAAGUGCUCUAAAGGGUAUGCUGUGCAGUCUGAUUACAAGGCUCAUCUCAAGACUUGUGGCACCAGAGGCCAUUCUUGUGACUGUGGACGUGUUUUUUCCAGGGUGGAGAGUUUCAUUGAGCACCAAGAUGCUUGCACUGUUCGACGAGUUCAACCUGAAUUGCAGGCGCUGCAGCCUGCCUGCUCCUCCCGAUCGGCUUCAAGCACUACUCCGUCAAGCGACGCAAACUUUAGCAUAGCCCUGUUGCCUGGAUUGCCAAUGCCAAAAUCAACUGAACCUGUUUGCUUGAUUAGUCAUGCGUCUACUUGUGACCACCAUCGCCAAGUGCAACACAAUCUUGAACUUCAGCUUCUACCAUCAUCAAGCACUCACUCAUCGCGGAAUUCAGAUGAGAAUUACUCAACUCAUUUAAAGCUAUCGAUAGGGUCAAGUGAAGGCAGUGACAAGAAUGAAGCAAAAAAGCUUAGUUUGGAUACAUGUAGAGAAAAGAAUGUCAGUGAAACAGCAUUGGAAGCUACUAGGUUGAAAGAGUUUGCAAAUGAGCAGCUAAAGUUGGCCAUGGCCGAGAAGGCUUACGCUGAGAAGGCUAGACAAGAAGCAAAAAGGCAGAUUGAGAUGGCUGAGCUUGAGUUUGCAAGUGCUCAGAGGAUAAGGCAACAAGCGCAAGGUGAACUCGAGAAAGCUCAAGUUUUGAAAGAUCAGGCGACAAAGAAGAUAAGUGCUACCAUCUUGCAUAUCACUUGUCAAGCUUGCAAGCAUCAAUUCCAAACAUCAACAUCUGUGGUUCCAGCUGAUGAGACCUCACUUGCUAUGAGUUACAUGUCUUCAGCCACAACAGAAGGGGAAGGAGAGUGACGGCAAGUUGAUCAUGCAGUGGAAAUGAUCGAUCUUUAGCCCUUAAAUGUCUUUGCUUUUGAUCUGCAUGUUGAGUUUUUCUUUGCUAUGUCAAGUGAUUCACUUCUUCUGACCAUUAUCGUGGUUUUGAUAUAAAAAAAGGGAAAAAAAAGGUCUUUGUAAGCAGUUCUUGAAUUGAUUUAAUAUAUCUUCAUUUGUUUAAUAGAAAAGUAGAUGAUGCAAUUUAAUGGAA